AUCCACCCUUGGAGGAUGUUUCCUCUGCAGUUCCUCAGCUGCUUUUUCAUUGCCCUGACCACAGACAAAAAUGAAGAAAAAAAGAAACCAAAACAGGGCAAGUAUGACAUCUCUGUGUUUAAAAGGGGGGAUCUCCUGGAGGUGCCUCGAACCCUCUUCACCCAUUUUGGGAUCUAUCUGGGGAACAACCGUGUAGCGCACCUCAUUCCUGACAUCUUGCCGGUUAUCUCGGCCGACAAGAGUGCCAUCGCCAAGAUGGUGACCAACAACCGGCUGCUUCUCGGAGUGAUAACAAAGCAGGCCAGCGUCCGUGUGGACUGUGUGGAUGACUUUGCGUACGGAGCGGAGAUUCUAGUGAACCACAUGGACAAGGUGUGUAGUCGGCCGCCGCUGGAUGGAGAAGAGGUGGCCAGGAGAGCAGAGAAGUUGCUGGGCUCGGUGGAGUAUAGUCUGCUGUGGUACAACUGUGAACAUUAUGUCAUGUACUGCAGAUAUGGCACUAGCAUGAGCUUUCAAACCUAUCAGUUUUGCAAAAUCGUCCGGAAGAUUGUGUUCAGCAAGACAAGCUCGUUCCUGACCCUUCUGCUGUGCCUGUUCACUAUAGUUUACCUGGGCUGUGUGUCUGUCUACAGCAUCUUACUUACAGCGGUCAUCCCCUUCGCCAUAUGGAUGGCAUCGUGAUCCCCUCCUACAGGUCAAGAGAGGGCAAGAUUUAGUGAUAUUAAAGUAAUUUAUUGCAUAACAUUAUUAACUGCAUAUUACAAUGAGGUACAGACUAUGAUUCAUAACUAUGAUAAUGACACUAUUGCUGGUGCAAUUUAAUUGUAAAGGGUAUAAAAUGUAAAGAUUGUUAAGGAUGAUGGAAAGUUCUUGAUUGAACUUUGUUACCAUUA